CAUCAGCACAGCAUCAAAAGGGCGAUUUUGGUCAGUCGGAAAAUAGUCCUGAUAGCCAAACGUUAACAUCAUAGGUUUGCAUCCCUUGUAGGUAGUUAGCGAAAGAAAUUUGUCAUACACUAUAGGUAGUACAGCCGAAAACAACUGUAAGUGAUAGAAAUCCCCGGCGCACGCGGAAAUAACGGUGGUCACAGCGUAGGAAUAGCGCUGAGACAAGCACUCAUCUGAAGGCAGGAGAAGCAGAAGAGAAGCCGGCGAUCAAAUCUUCAAUCCAUCAUGGCUGAUCAACUCACAGAAGAACAAAUAGCAGAAUUCAAAGAAGCAUUCUCCUUAUUUGACAAGGAUGGUGAUGGGACCAUUACAACUAAGGAAUUGGGAACAGUCAUGAGGUCGCUAGGGCAGAAUCCAACAGAAGCGGAGUUACAGGAUAUGAUCAAUGAAGUAGAUGCAGAUGGCAAUGGCACAAUUGAUUUCCCAGAAUUCCUUACAAUGAUGGCAAGAAAAAUGAAAGAUACAGACAGCGAAGAAGAAAUCAGAGAAGCAUUCCGAGUGUUUGAUAAAGAUGGGAAUGGAUUUAUCAGUGCAGCAGAGUUGCGGCAUGUUAUGACAAAUUUGGGUGAAAAAUUAACAGAUGAAGAAGUUGAUGAGAUGAUUCGGGAAGCUGAUAUAGAUGGGGAUGGACAAGUGAAUUAUGAAGAGUUUGUGGCAAUGAUGGUGUCAAAAUAGAAACCCUGUUCCCCACGAUGCGUAGGCUGAUUUAAGAGCGUCCCCUUCCUGUGUAGAACGUAGUGACAUGCACAGCACAGCUGUAGACAGAAUGGCCGCCAUAGCAUCUGAUACCUUUUUAGUGGGCGUUGUUUAUGGUUCCAAAGCUUUGGAGGCAUGGAAGCUGCUACUUGAAGCAUCCAUUGUUUGAUAUCCUCCAACUAGUCACCUUCCAUACAACCUUGAAUUUGCUUAUUUUUGUAUUGCCUUUGUAUAUUUGCGUUGUAAAGUGAAGUUCAUGGUUUCAUUGUAUUUAAAUUAACUUGAUUCAUUUUUCCUUCUGACUGUAAUCCCCUAGAGCUUCAAGUGGUUAAUCUCAUGUCAUGGAUUGUUGCCUGCCUCCUCCUUAAAGAAUGAUUUUGAUGAAAUGUAUAUGCUCAAUGUAAGAUUAGUCAAAAGCACAAUUGAACAUCAUGUAUCAGUAUUUAUUAGUGUAUAUAAUUAACUAUGUCAGUCACUUAUUUUCAUUGGUUCAACAACUGUAUAAAUAAUCUUUAUUUUGCAGAAUUCGUCACAAUGAUGACAUCCAAGUAAGACCAGGUACAGAUAAACUGCUAGUGUUGGUCCCUUUACUUCUCAUCUUCAUUUGUCAUCUCACAUGUGUAUAAAGCUCAAGAAUGUGAUAACAUUGGUAAAACUAAAACAAAACUGAGGAAAGAUGGACUGUACACCAUUUCAUGAUAGUCAAAUGAACGAAAAAACUUGUCUCUUCUUCCUUUAAUUACUGUACUAGUCGAUUUUAAUGUGCUUAUAUAAAUGUCUACAUCCAUGGACAUGUCCGUCAUGGACAGAGAAUUGGAGCCCUUUCCGAUUUUUAAUCAUCAGUUUUCGUAAAGGUGUAAAGUAUUGAUCAGUGGUGAAAUCCACGUAUGUCUGGGUGCGAAAUAUUUCCUUUGUUCAGAACAUUUUUUUUCUUUAUUUAUACCAAGAGAUUCAUGUCUUACAGAUGGUGUUCUAUUUUAACUAUGGUAAGCUUAAGGCAAGAACAGUUCAAUUGCGCAAAAGGAAGGGGAGGACCAAUCUUUGGGAGACCUGUAAUUCUUUCUCUCAAAAGUCUGUACAGAGUUGGAAGCCAGUUGGCUGCAUUAUAUUUGGCAUGAAUAAUUAUGUUAUUGGAAAAUAAAAAAGUGUCUCUUC